AUGGACGACUCCAAGAGAGAAGAGACCGCAGGGAGUCUCCGGCUGCUCAGCGAGGAGGAGCUGGCGCUGGAGCGGACGCUGCGGCGCAAGAUAGACGCCCUCAUCAUGCCGCCGGUCAUCCUCGUCUACCUCAUGAACUACAUCGACCGGAACAACUACGCUGCUGCUCGACUGCAGGGGCUGGAGGAGGAUCUCGGGCUGGUUGGCGCGCAGUACCAGACCGGCCUCUCCGUCCUCUUCGUCGCCUACAUCCUGAUGCAGGUCCCGUCCAACCUGCUGCUCAACUACAUGGGCCGCCCCUCGCUCUACCUGGGCGGCUUCACCGUCGCCUGGGGGGCCGUGUCGGCGCUCACCUCGCUCGUGCAGACGUACCCGCAGAUGGUGGCCUGCCGGUUCCUGCUCGGGCUCGUCGAGGCCCCCUUCUUCGCCGGCGUGCUCUUCUACCUGUCGAAGUGGUACACGAAGCGGGAGCUGUCGCUGCGCAUGAGCGUCUUCUACUCCGGCUCCCUCGUCAGCGGCGCGUUCGGCAGCCUGGUCGCGGCGGGGAUCCUGGACGGGCUGGCCGGCGCCCGCGGCCUGUCCGCCUGGCGAUGGCUGUACAUCAUCGAGGGGGCCGUCACCGUCGCCGUCGGGCUGGCCGCCAUGGCGGUGCUGCCCGACUUCCCGGAUACGUGGAGGCUGCUGCCCGCCGACCUCCGGGCCGUGGCCAACAAGCGGCUGGCCGUCGAGGCGGCGGAGGCAGACGUCGACGUCGUGCCCGGCGGCAUGAGCCAGCUCAGGGGCCUCCGGCUGGCCAUGACGGACGUCAAGACGUACGCCAUCGCCGUCGCCUACAUGUCCAUCACCGCCGCCUCGGGCUUCCAGAACUUCUUCCCGACCCUGACGGGCACGCUGGGCCACUCCAGGGUCGUGUCGCUGCUGCUCGUCGCGCCGCCCUACCUGUUCAUGCUCGUCUACAGCCUGGCGCACUCCUGGUGCUCCGACCGCAUGGACAACCGCUUCUGGUUCUUCGUGUACCCGAUCCCCAUCACCCUCGUCGGCUUCGUCGUCUUCAUGGCCGCAGACGGCUUCGGCCCGCGCUACUUCUCCUUCUUCCUCAUGGUCUUCGUCUUUGCCCUCAACGGGACGCUGUACGGCUGGACGGCCAGCGCCAUCCCGCGUCCCCCGGCCAAACGAGCGGCCGCCUACGCCUUCAUCAACUGCAUGGGCAACUCGGCCAGCAUCUGGACGCCCUUCACGUACCGCGACCAGGACCGGCCCCACUACCGGCUCGCGCUGGGCGUCGCCGUCGCCUGCCAGCUCCUCGCCACCGCGUGCGUCGUCUUCCUGCGGUGGUACUUGCAGCGCCAGAACCGCGAGCUCGCCCGCUACGAGGCCGUCGCAGUCGACCGCCUGACCGACAGGGAGAUGCUCAGGCUGCGGCGCACCGCUGAGGUCGAGAACGUCGACGUCCACCGGGCCAGGCUCCUGCAGCUCGGCUUCCGCUAUCAACUGUAG